CCCAUCCGGGAGUACAUCAUGGGCCAUGUGCGGCACCCGCGGAAUGUGAAGAAGAUCAAAGGGAACCUGCUGUGGUACCGGCACCUCGAGGAGAUUCAGCGAGGGGCGGGGUCAAGCACACCAUAUAUGGAAGUGCAUGAGGCCUUGGAGCAGGUAAGGGCGGAGCUUAAAGUGAUGGGCGAGGCCGGGGCAGCGGUGCUGGAGCUGGGUGAGUUGACUGGGGGUUUCCUUGUAGAAGAGGAACUGGGGGCGGAGCGUCGCCGAGGGGCGGAGCUUCGCGCCCUGGGGGCGGAGUCGGCGCAGGAGGGGCUGUGGCUGCGGAGGGAGCUGGCCCAGAUAAGCUCCGCCCACUCGAAGGGGUAUCCCAAAAUCAGCCCUGACCUUGACCCCAACCCUGACCCUGAUGCUCAGCCCCCUAUGAAGACCCUCAUCCAGGACUGCUGGGUGGAUGUGGGGGGACUCUGGGAUCUCCACUCCUUGGCUUCCCGCCUGUCCCCCCUGAAGCUCCGGCUCCUCCAGCUGCCGGUGGAGAUCCCGCAGCGCCUGGAGGGGGACCCCAAAGCCCAGCAGGCUGCCAGGUCGAUGCUGGAGGCCGCAGGGCUCUCAGGGGCUCGGGACGCCCUGAUCAAGCAGGUCCUGGAGCUACGGGGCAGCCCCAUGGACUCCCCAGAAGCUGCCCUGGGGCCACUGAGGAGGCAGCUGCAGGAGGGGAAGCAGUCCCGCCGCUGGAUCCAGCUCCGGGCGCAGCUGUGCCCCCUGCAGGCCCAGGCCCGAGGAGCUGUGCGGCUCCCCCCAGGGCUGCAGGGGGAAGGGCAGCGGCUGCAGGUAGCGCUGAGCAUGCUGGGAAAGGAGAGAGUGCCCCUCCCCCCGAGCCCCGCCCACUACCCACUGCAGCCAAUCAGACCUGCCCUAGGAAUGGCAGAGAGUGAGCCCCCACAGGGGGCGCUGUUGCGGGCGGCAGUGCUGCAGGGGGAGCUGGAACAGCUGCAGGAGGUGAGGUCAGCACAAGGGGCGUGGUCAGCGCAAGGGGCGGGACCCGGGAAGCCCCGCCCACCCCGCGCACCCGCGGAGGGCGUGGCCAUCGCCGAGCUCCUCCCCCAGCUGCAGGCGCUGUCCAUUCGGGUCCAGCAGUACCUCGAGGGCUGGCCCCACCUCCAGGACGUCAUCAGCCAAUGGUGGGAGCAGCCGGCUCAGUGGAUACCAGCCACCCCCCCCAGCAACAUCCCCUUCUCCCAUUGGCUGAAGCGCUGGUCCCAGGCCACCCGUAUCCUAAACUUGCACCGCCCCCUCCCCUUAGCGCCGCCCACCAGCGACAAGGAAGGGCGUGACCAGAGCAAGCCCCACCCCUGA